AGAGUCUAUGCUAGGCCGGUAGUACUUGAGUGCUAGUAUAGUGGUAGGGGUAGAGCGAUCUGUUUCGUCGUUGCUGGGGGCGGCGGCGGUGGCAGUGGCGGCGGCGGCGGCGACGGCGGCGGCGGCGGCGACGGCGGCGGCGGCAAGAAAAGCAAAGGAGUGGGGGUUGACGGCUCGUCAGAGACAAGCGAUCCUUUACAGUUAUAGUCAGUCCGGAUCGGGCGCUCGGUUAGCCGCGACUCUUUGCUGCGUGUUCUUUGUUGUGUCGAAUAGAAAAUCCAAGGAGGCAGGUGUAUAAUAAUACGUGAGCGUGCAGAGAGUACAGUGAACAGUGUUCGCGCAUUUAUAGUUCUUCCUUUCUCCCUCUCUCUCUCUCUCUCUCUCUGUCUCUCUCUCUCUCUCUCUCUCUCUCUCUCUCUGUCUCUGUCUCUCCCUCUCCCUUUUUCUCCUUUUCAUCUUUAUCCCUAAUUUAUACUUCGUACAAGUGGCAGAAACUCUGGAAAAGGAAAUAGAGAAUCCAGCACGAUUAACGAAAGGGAGUAGCCACAUUGGGACGAGUAUCGGUGCAACAUCGAUGAAUUUAUAAAAGGCCUCUGAAAUGCGGGAAUGUUCUUUUUGGAAAAUCCGACGAAUGACAAAGAAGCUAAACGAAUAUAUUCUUAACUAAAAAAGAGAAAGGGAAAGGAGAAAAGUUCUUUGGGAAAGAUCGUCAAGAAAAAGUUAAUGUUAAAGAAAAUUUGUCUGAAAAGAAGAAAUCGGAGGAUUUUAUGGUGAAAAAAAAAAUACCCCCCACCCCCUCCAAAAAAAUUGGUGCAUCUUCUGGAAUUGAAAACUUGUAGAUCCGAGUGACCGAUGGACGUGACGGAAAAGUGACGCCAUCGACAUUGCGGAAAAAAGUCAGCUGCUAAAGGACGACGCGACGAGAAGCGAAAUACGCAAAGACCGGUAACGUUUGGGAAAGGACGCCGACUGCAUUCCACCCGAAUGAAUUCACUGACCGGAUCUAUACGGACCAGGUGGCUUGCGUCACGGCUUUUGUCAAGAUAAUGCGAAGCCUGGAAAGAUUGUCUGGUAGCGAUCAGGAUUGUGGUGAUCAGGAGAUGUACAUCGAUUUGGACGACGCUUCCGUUGACUCGCUUACAGGAAAACGGAGUCGCCAUCAUGUCGUUGGCACCGAGGUGGGCGAGGAGAGUGACAGCAGCGGUAGCGAGAGGAGCCCGAAGCAAGCGAAAAGAAGAAAUCGCGGUGGACCACCGACGACACGGAGGCGGAAGAGCGGAAUUUCUGCGCGCGAGAGAAACCUCAGAAGGCUCGAGAGUAAUGAGAGAGAAAGAAUGAGGAUGCAUUCGCUUAAUGACGCGUUCGAGCAAUUACGCGAAGUAAUACCACACGUCAAAAUGGAGAGGAAGCUAAGCAAAAUUGAAACUUUAACAUUGGCAAAAAACUAUAUAAUGGCAUUGACGAACGUGAUAUGCGAGAUGCGUGGCGAGGAACAACCCUACACAUUCGUCGACGGCGAAUGCGGCUCCAACAGUGGUGACAGCACAGGUCAAUUGGAAUUGAGCGGUGGCGAGCAACUCGAAGAGGCAUCACCAGCAUCCAUCCUCGAGACAAAUAAUAAUAGCUUACUCCACGAAGAUUUGGAACGCAGGAUACCUUAGCCGCCUUAGCUUUGGAAAGCUAAGGAUCGCUUCUUUACGAUAAGAUCCCGGUAUUCAGUGAAGCAUUCAUUCUCUACGACUGUCAGCAAAUUCGAUUUGCAAAGCAGGAAGCGAUACCUCGCACGAAAGUUAACCAAAAAGGCAGAGAAACGAAGGACGAUGAGGAGGAAAAAGAAUAAGAAGGUGAUAAAAAAAGAGGAAGAUACGAAACGAUCUUUCGACUCGUAUACACGGAUAAAAGUGAGCGGGGGGAGAGAGAAAGAGAGGGAGAAUGGGA